AUGGCAAAAUUUAUUUGUGUAAUGGAGGAAAAUAAACCUGCUUCUCAAUUAUUUUUGCCAAUUACUGAUGAUUAUUCAAUUUCAACGGGAUCGAUAAAUACAUAUUUUCCUAAUGUAUCACGUUUAAAUUUUACUGUCUCAUCAAGUCUGUUAAUCUUUUUCAGUGUUGAUAUUGAUGUUGAACAUGGAAAAUUUAUAAUUGGAGAAGAAAAUUUUAAAUUGAAUUAUGUCUAUGUUGUUCAUCGUAUAAAUACUAAUACUGAUCAAACAACAACUACACAAAUACCUGAUCGUAAUGAUACACCACCAAUACGACCACGAAGACGUUGUACUGCUUAUUUGAAAUUGUUAGCUUGUAAGUGACUUUAUUUAUCUAACUUCAUUUUUUUCAAGAAGGAUUAACUGAUUGAUUCUGUCACUGUGCACAUGACGUGACAAUUGUUGAUAUUACAGGGUUGUGCAUAACCUUUUUCCAGGGGGGUAACACUAUGAUUCUAAGUCAUAUACCUAUUGAAUUUUAUACCAAAUGAAAGCCCGUGAAAAACUGGAUUUAG